AGCUGUACGUGUGCUCUGAUGACUGCUUUCUCAAAACUACAACACGCAUUCCAGUUUUACUUUAUAAAGUUGUUUGCAGUGUAAAUGCUUGCUCUUUCCUGACAAACAUGAGUCUACUAAUGUUUUGAGACUCAAUUAUUAAACCCCUAAUGAGCGGGUAUCUUGGUACCUGAUGGCAUUGUUUGUAGUGCUGAGUGGUGUCAUUCUCACCGCUUUAUUAUUAGUGACAGGGUUUAUUUUACGAUUAUUUGUGGUCUUGCGAAAUGGACCUGAAUAUAAACCUGGACAGAAGGGAUCUGUAUCAGUGCUGGUGGUGGCUGGAUCAGGAGGACACACCACAGAAAUCAUCCGUCUGCUGGGGAGUUUAUCUCACUCUUAUAACCCUCGACAUUAUGUGAUCGCAGACACCGAUAAAAUGAGCGAAGAGAAGAUCCGAACAUUUGAAGCAGAGAGAGAAAAAAGUGAUUCAACCUCUCAGUUUACUCUCCAGCGGAUUCCUCGCAGUCGUGAAGUGCGUCAGUCCUGGAGUUCCUCUGUUCUGAGUUCACUGAACGCUCUGUUCUCCUCCGUACCGCUGGUCUUCAGGCUUCGGCCGGAUGUGGUGUUGUGCAAUGGUCCCGGGACGUGUGUUCCCCUGUGUGCCGCAGGGCUGCUCCUAGGAAUUCUGGGUCUUAAAAGAGUGUUGAUUGUCUACGUGGAGAGCAUCUGUCGUGUAAAAACACUUUCUCUGUCCGGGAAGAUGCUCUACUACAUUUCUGACUACUUCUUUGUGCAGUGGGCACAGCUCAAAGACAAAUACCCAAAUGCCAUCUACAUGGGAAGACUGGUUUGAUGAAUACACACAAUAUAAAGAAACCCA